AUCCUAUAAAUAUUACAUAGAGAGAGAGGAAGGGGCUCUGACAGCCCCACCUGUUCUCUCUUGCUGCAACACUAUCUUUGCCAUCUACCAUAAGCUAAGGUAAGUAUUUGCAGCAACAUGAAAUCACAGCUUACCAUCCCCCAGGUAAGUAUUUUAUCCCACCGUGUUUGUGAAUGCUCCUCCAGCAGCCAUAGAUGGCUCCUGUUUCUUCUCUCUUUAUCCUCAAAUGUGUGUAAAGAGGAAUUAAUUGAAACUACAUUCUUAACAUUUCAGUUCUGUGACAUGGCAGAAAAAUACCACAUGAUCAUGUCAUAAAUGUGGUUUUUAUUAAUUACAUGACAUGCAGAAACAUAUGCUACCGUGUUUCUCCAAAAAUAAGACACCGUCUUAUAUUUAUUUUUCCUCAAAAAAAAACACGGUGGCUUAUUUUCAGGGGAUGUUUUUUUUUUAUUAAGUAUGGUGCCUAUCACUAUGGCUUCUUUUCAGGGUAUGGCUUAUUUUCGGGGUAUGGCUUAUUUUCGGAGAAACACGGCACUUGACUAAGCACAGGCUAUUUACAUAAACCCAACUUUACCAAAGUAAAAAAAUUCCUUCCAGUAGCACCUUAGAGACCAACUAAGUUUGUCAUUGGUAUGUGCUUUCGUGUGCAUGCACACUGCUUCAGAUACCAAAGUACGUAUUCAAGUGUGGUUAUUUUUAACAGUAGGAUUGUCAGCAUUGACUUGCAUAAUUAUCUAACAGUUAUUAAACAAUAAUUGCUUUCCUUCAUCACAGCCCCUAAGGUCCCAAUUUUUCUCCACUUUUGUGACAUGCCAAAAUAUCCCAGAUAACAACUUUUCUAUGGAAAAGUGCUUUUAAAAUGUAGAGAUUAGUUUGAUAAAGCUAUCCAAAUUUCAAUAUAAAAUUGAAGUAAUUCAGGAAGUGACAUUAGAAAAUUAAACAUAGAAUAUUGCUAAGCAGUAUUAUUUCUAAAGGAGUACUGUUGCAGCAAUUCAAAAGCAAAGUUUGUUGUUAUAUAUAUUUUAGUUUGAAUUGUUCUGCGUCUUCCUCUGUUGCCUCCUGCUCUUGUACACUCUUGUAACCUGGCAUUAAAUUACAAACAUAAAUUGAGUAUGCAUUUAAUGGACAAUUGAAACAUGCAUUGAUUUUCAUAAACAGAUCAACUUGGUAGUCCAACCCUCAAUAGAAGGAUAACUUGGUUGGAAUUCUGCAUUGAGAACAAAAGCUUAACAUUGUAAGGAAUUAUUAGGAAGUUAGGUACCAAUUAAAAUAGUGCAAAUAAAAGUGAACUGUAGUUGCAAGAUUGGUACAUUAUCUUUUAGGCUAGAACUGUUAGCGUAGUAGAGCUUGAUUUUUUGUCUAGAGUCCAAUCGUCACAACUUCUUCAGUGUAUAGCUGCUAACCAACAGGACUUCACCUCUUCCAGCUUGGUAACAUACUAUGAGAAGCGAUCCAUGGCUAUCACAAUUGUGCACUGAACUAGGUGCAGAUAAGUUUUCAGUACUGAAGUUACUAUACAAUUGUAGCUGCACAUUACAGGCUCUGUGCACUGAGCUGUCUGUGUUGUUGACAGUUAUAUUAGCCAUCUUAGUAUAUGCUACUACCGCUAGCUGGAACUCAUUACUGGCUGAGUUUACUGGCAGCAGCUGUUCAUUUAAGGGGUUGUUACACAACCUGCCAUCUCUCAUUUGUUCUUCUAUGUCGUUGCUGUUCUCUAUGCAUUCACAGUACACCCAUACAAAUACCAGCACUAGAGUUGUAGUACACACAGACUAUAGCACCCCAGAUACUUCUUGGCUAGUUGAUCCUUGGUGAGGGGUAUAUGAAAAAAUCUGUGAUAAAUUGGUUGAAAGGAUUAUAUAAAGAAUGGACAUUAGCUGCUUUUGCUAAGAAGAUAGUGCUGGGGGUUUUCAGUUUUUAAAAGGUUUCCAUCUCGCCUCUCAGUGGAAGUUUCCAAUGAUGGUAACACAUUGAUUUAAAAUUGAACAUUAACAUAAAAGCAAAAACAACACCAAUAAAGAGCAUCAGUAAGAAUAGAAGCGACCUUUUAAAAUAGGGAGAAGUAUGGCUGUUCCCAGUGCCAAAAACGUAGUGAAGUUACAAAUCUGGAGCACACCAAUGAAAAGGUCCUAUCUCUGGUCCAAAGCCAGGUGUAAAUGUGUAAAACAGAUCAAAAAUAUAAAAUGCAUAUCAGUCGGUUUCCUCCCUUGUCAGAGGGUCUUUGAAUGAUGCUCUCUUUCAAAUACCAAAUAUCAGAGAUGGUAUUUGUUACAAUAAGGGCAAGGACAUUUUUUGUCUUUGCUAUAGAAUGGCUUCCCCAGGGUAGUAUACCUGAUGCCACCAUUGCUAUCUUUAGGCACCAGACAAAAACAUUUUGUAUUUACUCAGGCAUUUAAAAGAAUUCUUCUAUUCUAAAUAUGUAUGUCUGCUGAGAAUGAAGUUCAGUGGGACUUCCUCUUCAGUAAGAGAGCACUAUACUGUAUAGGAUUGCUGUAUUAUAUGACUUAAUUGUGCUUUUAUCUGCUGCUGCUUUCUUUUUAUUUUUUUGUACACUGAUUUGUACACUGAUUAGAUUUAUACACUGAUUUGAAAUUAUUGAUGAAAAGAGGUAUAUAAAUAUUUUAAUUAAAGGAAAAUAAUGCAGAAAUAGAUUUACCUUCCCAAUAUGAUUCAGCCCUACAGAAUAUUAGGCAUAUUUUACUGUAGAAAAAAAAUACUGAUAACUUUCACAAUAAGCUGAAGGUUCCAGUUUUUACGUCCCCCUUUAAUUGUACACUAUAGCUGGACUAUUUCAAAUUGCACAUCAUUAUUUUGUUUUAUUAUAUGUUAAUUGUUAUACCUAUAAUGAAUUUGCUAACAAUAUACUGUAGGUGAAUAUACAUUAUCCAAAGUGCUAAUACACAUAACGUGGAAUGCAUUAUCAUUAUAUACUUCAGGUAUAUUAACAAUCUAAUAAAAAUUAAGCAAUUCAUCUUGAUAAAUAUUUUCUGUUUUCAUAUUAGGAAAAAUACAUUCAACUUAAACAGCUAAGUUAUUUUAGGCAGCUAAAUAAUAAUAUAUAAGUAGGAAUAGAAAGUGCAGUUGAAUGUCUUUGUUUCCUAUUGUAAGAAGGAACUAUACUUCUUUAUUAAAAAUGUUAUGUUACUUUGCAAUUAUUCAUAAGACACGUAGGCUAGCAAACAUUUAAAAAUCACCUUUUUGUUAAUGAAGCACUUAUUUACAUAAUUUCAGGUGCUUGCAUGAUCAUUCUUUUAACAGGUGAUAACAUACUAUCAAUUUUGGAUUGCCUAAACAGAAUAAAGACAAAUUUCCCUUCCAUUAAUUUUUUUUUAUUGUAGAGUCUUGUGGAGGGCAUUAUAAGAUAGUUCUUUACUCUGAGCUUUUUGCUUAAAUGGUUCUCCUUUCAUUCCUUAUGAUUUGAGGGACAGUUGAAAUAUUCAUCACUUAGUGUAUUUCUGUAACACAGUUUGAAGUAUUAAAUCAGAUGUUAAUUGGGGUCACUGCAAGUAGUCCUAAGUUUUUUUCUUAUUAUGAAAAAAUAGGUUUAGCUCAGAUGAGGAAUUGUGUAAAACCAUUACAGCUGCACUGCUGUCCUCCACAAAACCCAAUUCCACCUUCACCCCUGUUGAUUUUCUCCAUCUGACAGUCAACUUUACAUAGGUACUGAGUAUUCUCAGGCCUCAUUGAGGGCUUUGCCACUUGGGUUUCUUUUUAAAAAACAUAUUUUUUAUACUUUUGCAAACCAUGGGGUCCCACUGAACAUGCUGGUACCUCUCUUUUCUCUCUCUUAUUAGUUCCAUUUCUGCCAUCACUUACUACCUGAUUUCUUUGUUAGAGGAAGUGAUGAGUGCAACUUAAGUGUGCAUGAGAUGGAUUUCAUUCCAAAGUUUUCACUCGAUGAGUGCAAUGAGGCAAGACUCCCGCUGUGAUGGUAUAGUGUUAUUGCUGUAGGGUGCCUCACCAACUCUUCAAAAAUUUGACACCUUAGCUUGCAAAUGCACCUCUUCUUCUUUGGUGUGAUACAAUUGCAAGAAGGCCUUAUAGCUCAGGAAACGGGAAGAAAGGUUUCUUCCUGUUUCCUGUGUUGUCUUGUAGUGGCGUUGCACAAAAGAGAGAAAAGGCUGCUUUGGAAUGUAAGAAGACAUUUGAAACUGUUGGCUUUUCGUCUCCAUUAUAGCAUUGAGAUAGGAGGAAAGCCUCCUAUCCUAGCACUACAGUGCAGAGGAAGAACGCUGGAACCUUCACUCCUCCUCUGCUGGUCUGUCCCUCUCCACCCCAUUCUACUGCAUGUGUGCUUGCCUCUAUGGUGAACUGUAUGCCAGCAUAGCUGAGUAGGAGAGUGUACACAUGUUCUUUGGGCACAUCACCACUGGCAUGCAGAACUUGGAGGGGUGGCAGCCCUUAGUGUGGCCCUCAGGGUGAAAAAGAUUAGUCACUCCUGUUCUAAUUGAUCCUAGACUAAUAUAAUAUUAACGUAAGUAGGAUUUCACCACCUAUUUAAUGUUCAGCAUAAUUCUAACAUUCAGUUUUUUGCAUGGCUCUCAAUGGCAUGACAGGCAGAAAUCUUCAAGAAGACGAGACAAAGCAUGUUUAAAACUAGCAAUUAUGUUCUCCCCUUAAGACAGAGGUGUCCAAACUUUUUUCAAAGAGAGCCAGAUUUGAUGAAGUGAACAUGCAUGAGGGCUGACCAAAAUUGUUGAGCUUUUUAAAAGGAUUUUACCCCAGGAAAUAAACUGCCACAGGGACCGGAUUAAAAAGACCGCGGCAGGCCAGAUUAGGCCAGACUUUGGGCAUCCCUGUUUUAAGGAGUCAUCCUCAAUUCAGAGUAAAUCCUGGCAGUUUGCCCAAUCUAGUAUUUAAGCAGGAAAUGAUACUUGAGAACAUAUCUCUUUUCCUCUUGCCAGAUGCUUCCUUGUAUAGCAAGGUAGCAACAACUAAAACAAAAAACUUCAGCUCUGCAUGCCAGUUUUAAGAUAAUGGAUGACAAUGACCUUCCUCACUUUUUUGGAGAAUGUAAAGAGUCCAUGACAGAUGAAGGAUUUUCAACGGGGAGAGGGCUUUGGUUUUGGUUUAUCUGAAACUGCCUCCAUGUGGUGAGAUGUUUUGUAUGCAUCACUUCACUAUGAGGAUCAGGCUCAACUAUUUCAUUUAUCUCCGUGUUCACAGAAGCUGGAAUUUUUGGCAUUGGUGCGGAGACAAAAUGUGGUGGGAGUUGACCAGCAAGAUGGCGGAAUGUAUCACCAAUUGGACAACCUAUUGCAGGAACCCGGUUCAUUCCUUUCAAAGCACCCAUGAAAGGGGAAAUCAACCAGCGACUGACACCAACUCAAAAGUUCACUCCGAAAGAUCUGAUAGCUGCUAUAAAAGCUCUAAAUUUAGAGCUUGGCUUAAUUAUAGAUUUAACAUAUACAACAAGAUAUUAUCAUGUGAAGGAUUUGCCUAAAAAUGUGGUCUAUAAGAAACUUUAUACGAUUGGAUUUGAAGUUCCAGGUGAUCAUACUAUUCUACAAUUCAAAAAAUUGGUCAGAAAGUUCCUAUGGGAAAAUGCAGAAAAUGCAAAGCUCAUAGGAGUACACUGUACUAAUGGAAUCAAUAGAACGGGUUAUCUUAUCUGUAGAUAUCUUAUUGACGUUGAAGGCUGGGAUCCAGAAACAGCAAUCCAAGCUUUUGGGGAGGCUCGUGGUCACCAUAUUGAUGGGAAAAUAUACCUGGCAGAUCUCAAAACACAACCAAUGAGAAGCAAUCUUGGAAUGAAUUUAUGGGAUGCUGAUGGAGAUAAUGCACCACCACCAAAUGAUGUUGAUGGACAUGUUGAUAGAUUCCCAAAUGAGGAAUAUCCUAGGCCUGGGGAAAGAGUAAGAGUUUUUGACUAUGGCCACAAUGAAUUACCAGAACAAGUUCAAUUGAGAGAGUUCGAUUUCAUUAACAAAGGUCCUGGACAACGGCGAAAACCGUAUCAUGAUCACCAAUUUCAAGAUGAUUUGCAGCCACUAGUACAAAUAAGUCAAAGGCAUUUUCCUGACUGCCAGUAUUAUGAUGAUGACUAUCAAGAAGAAAUGCGCCUGAUGGAUUUAAGGGGAUCAGAACAUAGGCUGAGUCCUUUCCAUGGUCAGUUUUCUGGUGACUUUCCAGGAAGGGCACCACCAGAAGAUCUUGUUAAUGUGGGUCAUGAUCAUUUUCCUGACAUCCCUGCUCUCAGAAGUAUGCUGCUAGAUACGGAGAUUGAGGGGGGCCAUGUAGAAAGGCGGAGACCAUUUUAUGAACCGCAGUCUAAUGAUGACUUUCAACCACAUGUGCAGUUAAAAGACCUAACAUUCCACAAGAGACCUCUGCAAAGAAUUAGACAUAUUCAUGACUGUCCCCCUCAUGAUGAUAUGCAGCCACCAGUAGGAGACUUUGAGUUUGUUAGUAGGACCCAUGGACAAAGAAUGGCACCUUUCCCCGACCACCAGCAUCACAUCGAUGACUUACAAAGAGAGGUGCCACUAGAAGAUUUUGAUGAUAGAGAUUCUGGAUCAAGAUGUAGACAUUUUCAUGGUGAUCAGUCUUACAGUGAUAUCGCUGAGGAAACACAACUGAAAGGUUUUCGAAAUAGGGGACCUUUUAAUGACCACACGCCCCAUGAUGAUGUGCCAUGUGAAGGAUAUUUUGAAAGAGGUCAUCCUUUUCUUUCUCAUGAGCACUUCACAGAAUCUUCUCAUGAGGUACUUCACAGAGAAAAUGAUUAUAAUAGAUAUUGCAGACCUGAUUGCCCUGAAGAUUACAGGAGAAGCGGCCUUUCUAAGGAUGAAAUUAGCAAAGAAAGAAAAACCAGAUUUGCACCAUAUCCCUCACAGCCAAUACAUCACUCUUCAUCCGUGCAACAGAAAGUUACCGGUAGUUCAGUUUCAGUGGACCAUGGAAGGGAACUUCAACAUAAAAUUACAAGGGAGACAGAGCAAAGGAAAAGAUUGCAUGUAGUAACAAUUGAUUACAAUUAUGGUUUGCCUUUAGACUAUGCAACUGAAGACGAAGAUAGAUCACACUAUGAUUUACCUCCAAAACUGCACCAGAUUUGGAAAUGAGCCAAGUAUGUGUGGCCAUGCAUGUUUACCCAUUAUCCCUUGUGUGGGGACCAAACCUUUUCUCAAACUGAAAAAGCCUAUCUUUAAAAAUUACAGCACUCGUAUCAGUAGUAAGACUAGUUUCCACAAAUGUUUGGGGUUUUUUACAUGUAGAUAGUGGUACAUUUGUUACGUGUAUGUGGAAACAAAUGUCCAACUUCUGUAAAAUAAAAUAGUGGUUACCUAUAGUGAAAUUGGAAGACCGCAGCUUACAGCAUCACAGAAGCUGUGUUCUUCUCACUUCCCCUAUUUUGAAAAGUAUAUAUAUUGCUUCAACUUAUGAAAUGUGUAAUAAAAUAAUUUAAAGACAAAUACUGCUCUCAAUAAACUUUUACUAUGAAUUUGAAAGGAAAUAAAUCUGCAAAAUAUGAAAAUAAAAUAGUUAUGGUCAAUUCAUUUGAUGGUAGCAAUUUGAAUUUCUCAGCACAGUGCUACCUUGGUUUAUUAACUUGAUCCGUUCCAGAAGUCUGUUCUUAAACCAAAGCCUUCUUAAACCAAGGUGUGCUUGUAUAUUACAAACAGGCAAAUAAAUUUCAGGCUUGAAGAUAGCUGUGUAGAGUCCUCACUGUCAUUGCAGGCAUUCAUCAUUUUUGUCCUGUUAUGCUUUUGGAGGAUUUUUAAGUACUACUAUAAGCAAUAUCUUGAAAAAGCCAAAACUAGAAUCUAGAAGCAAGAUCCGUAUCAAGACUACAGGACUAUUAUUUUAUUUUAUUUUAUUUUAAUUAAACUUUGUGUUAAAAUAGGGAUUUAAAAAUUGCUUAACAAAUUGCUUUGGGGACAGAUUUGGGGAGGGAUAGGGCAGCACAAAGCAAAUUGACCCAAUGGGGGGCCACAGAUUCGAUUGGAGAGGUCCGUCCACAGCCUUAGCUGCUACUCGUUCCUGUGGUGGUAAGUAAGAAAGAAAGAAAGCACUUGAAGAGACUCUUGGGUGGGGUGUUUCUUGCAGGGACAAAAAACUCCAUGAUUCAUAAAGCUCAGUUGCUUGUGGGGCCAAACCACUACCACCAAAUAUUGCCUUGCUUGCAGGAUUUAUACUGGCUACCAAUCUGCUACUUGGCCAGAUUUAAAGUGUUGGUACUAACACGUAAGACUCUAUAACUCAGGACCAGGUUACUUGAGAGGAUGUCUUUUUUCUUCCAAGGGUAUUUUACGAGCAGGUUCCCCACUUUAUCCUCACACUCUCAGUCUUUAAACCUGACAUGGACAAGAUCAGUGUUCGUUUCGUAUCUGACUGGUGAAUGAAUUGAGAUUUUCCUGAUGGAAGCACAAGACUAUAUCCACCACAACACACUUCCAUAUCAUGGGCUGGAACAUCCAAGGAGAAGGGAAGGGCAGAUAAAGUAAAACAGAAAACGAGAAAAUAGCCCAACUCUUAACACAAGGCCACUGGCUAUUGAAAAAGGUAUGGUGGGACAAAAUGGAACUAACAGCGGGUGCUGUGCAGCAUGGGAGACAGCAAGUAAUACCACACUGGCAAAGCAAUGACACCAGCACGAAAUAUGGGAGUAGCAGCCAUUCAUUGGGUGGCACAGGCUAGUUAGAGGAAAAGCCAUCCAAUCUGCAAAUGAGGAUGUAGCCACCCCCAGUCCAUUAAUCCACACACCUUUCUCCACUGUUGGAGGAAGCAGGGCUCUCAAUAUGCUGCACAGCAGGCAGAAAGAGAAGGGUGGGCAAGGCACAGAAGGGUGAUCAAGGCAAAAGAAGCCACAGCUGCAUAGAUUUGUGUUAUUGUGGGGCUGUAAAAGGGCACACAUGCUCUCUGGGUUGUGACCUGGCACCCCCAUUUGGGGGCUUAAGGCUAAAUAUAGCAUAAUGUUAUUUAAUCUUUAAAUCUAGGCUACAUAUAGUAUCUAGGUCCCAUCUAGGUUCUGAAUCAAUCAAGGAACUGCCCAGGGAAGCAUGUUUUUAAGGUGUGUUUAGGUCACAUCAUUAAAACAAUGACUUGCUGAAAAAUGUAUGGCAUAAGGCAAAAUUUGAACACAAUGUAGUAUGUAGUACGACCUAAACAAAUUGAAUGCUACAAACAUGGUAAUAAAAUCCAACAGUGCUCUAUUUAUGUUUCUACAGUCAUAAUGUAAGGGCUGUAAUUUAAGUCAAUUGAUUUAAAUGGGUCUACUCUUACUAUGACUUAGUUGGAGAUUGAUGACUGCUGAAAUUUAGGGUUGGGUGGAAUUAACAUUAGCCUAUAAAUUAUCUCUCAUGCUUUCUGUUACAGGAGAUGAUAAUAUGUGGGCAUGUUUGGGGCUUUUGUAAUAAGGACUAUAAAUUAUUAGUCUUUAGUCUGUCUUGGUGGAGCUGAUAUUUCAGAGAUCACUAGAGUUUUCUAGGUGUUAUUUUGGUCGGGUUGUGUAAAAAAAAGUUAAAAUGUGGCCUUUUCAUGAUUGGUAAUUAUUUUUGUUGAAUUUAGGCUAUCCUUUCAGUAUCUAAAAAUAUGCACCUAUAAAAUUAUGGAAUACUGUAUGUGAAAUUUAAGGUGAUUACAGUAGUUGGUGAGAGCUGAUGAAUUAACUAAGGCUGUAUUCACAUUCCUGUUUACUGUGCACUCACCCUGUUUCCAGUG